CUGGCCUAUCCUUAGUAACAGACGGUAAAUAAUCAGCUAAUUAGCAGGAAGGCUGCUUCAAAAUCUCCGGCAAAAUGCCUAUCACUAAACAACCAAAGAAAAGCGAGCCUUUGUGGAAAGAAUGGGACUAUAAAGCACAGAAGAAAGGCGUCCAUCACACCGUUUACUCUGUAAAUGGUGAUCGAUACACGGGCGAAUGGGAUGACAACAAAAAGAAUGGUAAGCUUGACCAACGUUCGAAUUCAGUCAGGAUUCUAUCUAAUUUGUUCUUCAAAGAAAUGCUGUCUUAAAAAUUACUUUUGUUGUAGCACUUUUUAUGACAUAAGUUUUAAGUUUAACGUUCAGUUAAGUUUAUGUAUAUGUUGUAGUUAAUUUUUUGUCUCAGGUACAGUAUUUAUUCGAUUAACCGCCCUGGACGCCUAUUAAAACUACAACAUAUAUCUUCGGAUUCGAUUUUAAAGUCUGAUAUAAAUUCCAGAUAAAUUAUAAACAAUCCUUAGCUUCUUUAAAUAAUGUAAUUUAAUCAAGUAUAUUCUCUUAAGAGACCGCACAUGAGAGAGGCAUAUUAUUUACUGAAUACCCUGGCUUACAAGUACCAAAUCCAUGGUCACUGGUGCAUGGUUCCAAGCAAAUGGGAGAUGCUAGUUAAUAUCCCCCCUCCUCCAUGAGGGGCACACCAUAUCUCCUUGAAUAAGCACCCACCCCCUAGGCCAAGAUAGCAAACAAAGACCCCCUUGAACAAGCCUCCUCUUCCCCUCCCCAUCACUUUCUUUAAUAGUGGGGAUACAUGUACAAGGAAAGCCCAUUUCUAUUGCCACUUUAUUGAUGACUCUGUGUGUAAAUGGUAUAAUGGAACUAAGGUACUGUUCAUUACCAACAGGUGAUUAAGUGCCCUCCUGCCAUUAAGUACCCAUCCUUUUAGACAUUUAAAAUUUGUUCAAGUGCCCAUGAAUAAGUUCUUUCUACCAUACACUUAAAGUGAAGAACUCUUAUUUUUAGAGUUUCAAAACUGUGGAAAGGGGGAAGUCUCUUUCCCUCUACGACCAUGGUUGUUUCCUAUCCCUCACAAGUGGCUUUUAAAAUCCCCCUCCUUCCUGGGAUUAUGCAGUCCCUUCUUAAAGGCAAAUGCAGACAUUUAUUGGAAUGGCCUAAUGACACUUGCUUAAUUCUGUAAAAGGCUUUGAAUGUGUUACAUGUUUUUGGCUCAGUUGGUUGAAGUAUUAAAAAAGGUUCCCAAAAAUUCCACAGAGCCUGGAAACAGCAGGAUGUGGUUAUAAAAUCAACAUGGCAGUAGUAGAGAUUUGAAGAAGUCAAGAUCUAAUGUGGUGGUAAAAAUCAUACAAAAUUCAGACUGGUAUUCAUGGGCUUAAACAAAUCUGUAUAAUUUACAAAAACAACUAUGUCAUUACCUUCCUCAUAACAUAUUUGAAACUAAAGUGGAAGCCCUUUAAUGCAACCACCAUUGGGCCAUAAAAUCCUGGGCCCAGUUCCUGAAAGGUUGAUUAGCAUUCAGGAUUAAAAUUUUGUUCCGUUUUUGUAUUUUACAUUCCUAUGUAUCAGCUUAAGGUAACAUUUUGUGUUAUCAUUACUGUAUCUUGUACUAAAGGCUCAACAGUAUUUUGUAACCUCGAGUAGCAUGUUCUUAGAUGAGAAAACCAUGCUUGAAAUUUGGCUUAAUCCUGGGUUAAAGUUAACUAUCUUUCAAUGAACCGGGCCCAGUUCAUAAUAAUGAGGUAAUUAAUGGGGUCUUGAAAGUAACAGAAUGAUUCAGAUAUGUUAACGUUUAGGUCAAAAGAAUAUGGUCAUAAUACCGAGGUGGUCGUAUAAAUGGGGUGGUCGGAAGGCGGGGUUCCACUGUAGACAUUUUGAGUCUUUCCAGUGGUGCUCAACAGAGGUAAAAGAAGGGAGAUGACCCAACAUCAAACAGCACUGACCUUUGUUGCUCAUAGUUCUUCUGUCACACACUUGACUGAGGUAGUAUGCUGUUUACUGCUUGUGAAGAAAAAUGCUCAUGACAAUAAUUUAAUUUCUUUAUUUUCUUAGGAAAGGGAACCAUGACAUGGAAGAAAUCUGGAACUAUUUAUGAUGGAGACUGGAAAGAUGACCGCCGAUGUGGAUUUGGUACAUACAGUGUUUCUGAAGGCGCUGGAUACAGAAAAGUCUAUUCAGGGGGGUGGAAAAAUGAUAAGAGACAUGUAUGUGUUUUGUCAUUUUAGCUUUUUUUGUUUUCAACAAUACAAGUCAAGUUGUAUGCAGAUACAAUGCUUCUGGCAGUAAUUUUUACAUGCUAUGUGAUUCUGUGAGCACACGAAGGACCUUCAAUCUUCCUAGGUGAAGAGCCUCUUCUCUCGCCAAAGCUGCUUGAAAGAAAAUAUUAGGCUUGUUUCGCACUUAUGAGUGCAGGGUCAGUUUCUCGAACAGCUGCUAAGCCUAAGAAAACAUUUUGGCUACAACUAUAAGAGGAUUGUACAUACUUCUAAUCCACCACAGUGAUAAAUUCAGAUGGUAUUCAAACCCAGAAAAAAAAAUUUCAUUUACAAUAGUGCAUUUGGAAUACUUGGAUGUUAGGCAUUUUCUAGUACAAAUAAAUAUGAACUUAUCAGUACGGUAACUACUACUAUGUAAGUUAACAAAAAAGGGACGUCCAGUAUUAUGAUUCUAGCACUGUUAAGUUUUAAGGUUUUUUGUAUGAGUUUGUAAAUGUGUCUUAUUCCUAGGGUUAUGGAACUAACUUCUACUCUGCCAAUGAAUACUAUGAGGGGGAGUGGUAUGCAGACAAGCGCAGUGGCUGGGGACGAAUGUAUUAUGCUGAUGGUUCAGUUUAUGAGGGAGAGUGGUACAAUGACUUGAGAAACGGAGAGGGCAUGCUUAGGCUAGGUAAGGUUGAAAUGGUAAAUCUCAACUUUCUAUUUAAUCAAAAAAAAUCUCUGUUUUAAACCUGCAUGUUCAAUGCCAAGUUGGGAAAAAAGCUGUAAAAUUAUUAUAUUCCAUCUUCGUCUAUAUUCAAUUUUAAAACAAACUUUUUAGGCUACAAUAAAUGAGCUUGUGGAAGGUGCCUGGAAAGAUGGUGGAGCCACAAGCAGAAGAGCCGAGUGCGUAGGGUAACCAUGACCUCUCUGUGAGUGGCAACUACCAGCCACCAUCACACUGAAAAACAGUGGAACAAUGAUACUUACGUCAUCCUUACCACAGAGAGGGAGGGAGGACAGAGAGUUAAAUUGCCUAGCACAAUCAAAACAGGCCAAGCGUACGUGAGAAUGAGUGACCUCAACAGCAGCGCUGUAAAACCACAUGACCCCCUGCAAACCCCUGACCACUCCGCAUACCCACAACAGGGGAGGGGAGUAAGGGGUUUUCAUUAAUUUUUUACAACUUAGAUGUUUAACAUACAAAAUAUUUGACUUCUCUGUGUGUAGCAAAUGAAAAUCGCUACGAGGGACAGUGGAAAGAUGAUAAGAAACAUGGAAAGGGAAGAUUCUUUUAUCUUGAUCGUGGGCAGAUGUACACUGGAGUGUGGUGUGAUGACAUUCCAAAAUGUGGCACUGUAGAAGAUUUUGGUCGCCAUGAAGCCCCAAAGCCAACUACAUACCCUUUACCAGAGGUUGGUAUAAACUAGAGUAAAAGGUCUCCAUGGACCUGUUAUAGAGUGUAACAUUAUAAACUGAAUAGACAAAAGGGUAUUAUUUUGAAUCCAAGCUUGUGGGUCAACAUUUUGCCAUAUCUAUGUGUAAGGAUUUUCCCAGUACAGUACAGCACAGCAAACUCAGAUGCACAGCAAACUCAGAUCUCUAGGUUUUGUUGUGAUGUGGCACUUGCAGAUCUGAUCAGAGAUGUUGCAUGUAUGGUCUCCAUCAGUUGGGGUUUCGUUGCACCUGGCUUUGCGCUGGGCUCUUUUCUCCCUCAGGUUGAUGAUCCUCACUGGCUGCUUCAAAGUGAAAGAUGGCUUGGUAGCAAAAGGUUUUCCACUGUGUUUUGUUCAGGGUUAAAUUCCAAUCCCCAUGUUACUGGGUGCUUUAACUUACAGGUAUUCAAAUAAUGGCCUUAAGAGUGUCCUUGUAGUGGAGUUUGCUCUAUGCAUCCACUGUAUAAUUAUACUUUAGCAACGAAGGAAUGGGAAUGCCUUAUAAAAGACAUGAGUGAUCAGCAACCCUCCAAGCUGCGACCACUCUAGAGGCGAUGACGACUAAAAUUUUGGUUCUGGCAUCUUGAUUUGGAAAAUAGUCACCAAGUUGGCGACCAGAGAAAACUGAUACUUGAAGAAACGACAUGGAUUAUAAGUUACUGUAUACACUUGUGAAAACGGUAAAUGCCUUUUAGAAACAUUGUUUUGGUUGAACAAUACCAUUCUUAAGCCGGACACUAAUUCUUAAUUUAAUUAUUGAUAUAUAUUUUGGCACCUAAACCUAAAGAGUUGGUUGCCAAGUGGUCACCAAAGGAAAAAAUAAUUUAACUUGGAGGGUUGAUCAGAUAAAGUCAAAUAUAAACCUCAGGAACUCCACAAACUUUGCAAAUAAACCUCUAGACUUCUGCUAACUUAUUAGAUUUAACACUAAAUUGAUUCCUUUGUUUCUGCUAUUACUUUUCAAUACAGUGCAAGCUUCAGGAUUUAAGAGGAGUAGUGAAAGAUGCUGAAGAUUUGUUUCUAGAUGAGCAGCAAUGAAGAUGGCCGUCUUUACUGAUGAAAAUAUUAUUAAUUUAUUACAUUCUAGAUAUCUUUAAUGAAGUACAAACCAUGACAAUUGUGUAAUAUACAUUUAGGUAAAAAUAAGCCCAUCAGAAACAAAUGUUAAACGUACAUGUAGCAAGCCAUCAAUCCUCUACCAUUAUGUAAUUGAUUCAUUUUCCAAAGGAUUUGGCUCAAGAUGUUCGUACUUCUAAUGCCUCAUUAACAGAAUUGGAGAGAGAGAUACUUUAAUUUCAUUCAAGUUGCAUAUUGUAAAAACAUUCAAACAUGACUCUUGAACGGGAAUCAAGAGCAAGCUAUGCCAUGGGCAAAAAAGCCAGCAGUAUCUGCUGUUUGAAGUAAAAAUCUACUAUAGGAGAAGCAAAGGACAGUAUUUUAUUUAAUCACCAACUUAUGUACAUAAUAUAAUAACUGUUUCUUAUUAUCUUCCCACCUUUGUAAAACAUUACUUUUUCUUUACAUGUACCUUCUGUCAAUAAAUAAAACUAUUUUUCCAUUAAGAAGUGUCUACAAACACCUCUAUAUAGCUUGAGUACUAUUUUUGAUUUCUACAGCAC